AUGAGCAGUAGAGUCAGGGAUAACCUUUCCUCAAAAGUCGCAUCAAAAUCAACGCACAUAUCUGUUAACCUACAAAACGAUAUAGAAGUGUUUAGAGUUCUGCUCAAAUAUACCAGAUGCAUCGGAGUGACUCCUCUUAGCAUGAAAGCAAACAGUCCGAGACGUGUCAUCACAAAAUGCGUCGUUUCUUCAUUGGUGAUGGCUUAUUUCCUUUUCAACUUCAUCACCUUCAUACUGAAGGUGAAAUACGACAGAUUCGACAACACAUUUUUCGUUUUCAUAAAAACUUUGUUCUACGUAUCCAGGACUCUAUUCGUCACCACGUCUCUGGCAAAAGCAAAUUUGUUCCAUUGCACAAACUGGAAGAAGAUUUUCGCCACUUUGAAACAAAUAGAUCUGAUGAUGGUAAAAUUUAACUUCAGAGUAACACGUACUCGUCCUCUGCUCUACUUUGACACAUUCGCCGGUAUCAUUGUCUGUGUAUUCUCCCGUAUAUUCCAUUCAGUUGUUUUGAUAUACUUUGGAAGACCGCAUGAGAUUUUGACGUUACUCGGAUGGGCUGUGUUUCCAGUUUACAUGACUUCCGUCACAACGUUUCUCUACAUCUUGGCGAAAAUACUGCACAGCAGGUACGACCACAUGGACGCUGUUGUGGUAAAACUACAAGAAAUAACAGACAUAAACGUCCUUAGGUCGAGAAUAGGGGGUAUUUUGAAAGUGUACAAGAAUUUGCACUUGCUGGUAGAAGAAUAUAACUAUGUAUUUGGGUUGCAGAUAUUUCUCUGCGUAUUCUCUACUUUUGUGAUCAUUGUGAGGUUGCUGAGUAGAGUUGUGAUAGAUACUUUGCUGAUAGGAAUCAACAUGACAAUUGUAAUGAUUUUAUAUACUGCAAUAUACUUGUAUUCCUUGGUUCUGUUAACGAUGGCUUGCGAAUCUGUCGAAAAAAGCGGUAGAAGCGUCGUCAAAAAUUGUUAUAACCUGCAUGGUACUGAAGAAGACUACCAAAUAAAAGAGCAGAUACUACUUUUGGUUACUUAUCUCAAACGAUGGUCCCCUACUUUUUCGGCAGCUGGAUUCUUCAACGUCAACCAGAGAACAUUACCAGCAUUGGUCUCCGCCAUUGUUUCUUAUCUGGUGUUGGUGGAACAGUUUGAUUUAUCCUUACAAGAAGAGAAGAAAAAACAUUCCAGAUUAGUCUAA